UCGCCUCACUAAGUCCUGUAGCGAUGCGCGGUGCCUGCAGGUUACACGCUGCUCAGUGUAAUGUCAGGCUGGGAGCGCUGUGUGUGUCGGGUUAGUCUGGCCCCUCUCAGGGAAGCUCCCCUGUAAGGAUGCAGGAGCGGUACCUGGGCAGGAGGCUGGCAGAGAGCAGCGCUUCCCCCGGCGGGGCGGCACUUUGGGAGGGAAGAGCGGAGUGAGACUGCGGGAAAAUCACAGCGAGAGGGAAAGUUCCAGCCCCGCUGAGAGGCGGAGGGAGCGCUAAUUGUAGGGGAGAGGGGCGGGUACCCGGGCGGAUUUAGCUCAGGGGAGGGAAGGGGCUGCGGGGAGAAGGGACACAGCGGGGACUGCAGCAGCACCGGGACUAGCUGGGAAUUAAACUCCUACCGGGGACAUUAACUGGCCGGGCUGGCACCGGGGCACCGCCACAAGGAGAAAGCGGAGAUUGAAAUUUUCCAACCUGACUGUUUGCCAAGCGGACGGAGCUCUGUGCCCUCGUCUCUCUCGCCGGUGUCUUUCUCCCUCGUCUCUCUGCCUCGCUCAGAUUGGGAAGAGCACAGGUCUGUGCAAGCCCGCACCCUCCCACCCUCGCGAUCCCAGAGAUCUCUUCUGACUAAGAGUGCCCGGCUAAUCUGCAACCAUUCUGUGCUGCAAGAAAUCCGCAGGUAUGGCUGAGGACAGCAGCGGAGGCGGAGUGGCAUCGGGCAGCUUCUGGGAGGCCGGUAAUUACAGACAAACCGUCAAACGGAUCGAAGACGGGAACCGGCUGUGCAACGACCUAGUCAGCUGCUUCCGCGAGAGAGCCAAGAUCGAAAAGAGCUACGCACAGCAACUGUCCGACUGGAGCAACAAAUGGAGGACUUCUCUGGAAAAGGGACCUCAGUAUGGCACCCUGGAGAAGUCCUGGCAGGCGUUCCUCACAGCCGCAGAGAAGCUGAGCGAGAUCCAUACGGAGCUGCGGAACCAGCUGUGGGACGAGGACAGUGGGAAGGUGCGCGAUUGGCAGAAGGAGGCCUUUCACAAGCAGAUGAUUGGAGGUUUCCGGGAGUCGAAGGAAGCGGAGGAGAGUUUCAGCAAAGCCCAGAAACCAUGGGUGAAAAAGCUCAAGGAUGUAGAAGUAGCCAAAAAGCGCUACCACGUUGCCCGCAAGGAUGAAAGGGCGGCUCAGGUGCGAGAGGAUCACUCCAAGGCGGACUCUACGGUGUCGCAGGAACAGCUGCGCAAGUUGCGAGACCGCGUGGAAAAGUGCAAUCAAGAGGCAGACAAGACUAAGGGGGUGUAUGAGAAGGCCCUGGAGGAGCUGAACCACUACAACCCCCGCUAUAUGGAAGACAUGGAGCAGGCGUUCGAGAGCUGCCAAGAGGCCGAGCAGAAACGUCUGUGCUUCUUCAAGGAGAUGUUACUGGAUUUCCACAAGCACCUCGACCUCUCCAGCAAGGACAGCUUCCAUGUUCUGAACAAAGACCUGCACCAAAGCAUUCAAACCGCUGACGAUCAGCAGGACCUGAAAUGGUGGCGCAACACACACGGGCCGAGCAUGGCCAUGAACUGGCCACAGUUUGAGGAAUGGUCCCCCGAGACGCAGAGAACCAUCAGCAAGAAGGAGCGAAGCAAUAAGAAUGUGGAAGAAGUGACCCUUACGGGUAUCCUGCCAGCGCGGGACGGGGUAUCGGCAGGGACGCCCACCCAACAGCUGAACAGAGGUACUGGGAAAGACGACGCAUCUGAGUGGUCAGAAGACGACAGUCCCAAAAAGUCGAUGGACAGCAACGGGCGGGAGGUGUCACAGGUAGAGGGCGUGCGCGUGCGAGCGCUGUAUGAUUACGCCGGCCAGGAGGCUGACGAGCUGAGCUUUACGGCAGGAGAAGAGCUCAUGAAGAUCGGGUCGGAGGAUGAGCAGGGCUGGUGCAGGGGGCGGCUACUCAGCGGGAGAAUCGGACUCUAUCCGGCAAACUACGUGGAAGGAGUGGCCUCCUGAGAUCCGCCGGCCUCUUGUGGUGUUUCCCAAGCUGUGUGUGUGCAUGUGUGCAUUGUGGCCCCUCCGCUGGGGGAAGGGGGAGGCGGGGGGGCAAAAUGGACAAAUGGUGAACAUUUGGAUCAUUCUUGUUGAAUCCAUUUGCUGCUUUUACCAAUGUAUUUUAGACAUGCAGUCAUUUUGUUUCCUUGAUUAAAUAUAUGUUCCGGAUAAUAGUGCGUUGCGCUGCUCUCACCCCGGCGUUGUUGGGGGGGCGGGAUCAGAGAGAGGAAUGGAGGGGGGGGGCCCUUGUUGUGAAAGCCACAUAUGUUCUUGUUGGGAACCAGAGCCAAAAUGAAUGGCUGCUUCUUCAACGCGUGACCCUCUUGGGGUGCCCAGUGGUUGUCAAUGCUAGCCAAUCUCCUCGUAGGGUGAACAUUGGCGUUGGUGCCCCGGCAUUGGCGUUGGUGCCCCAUUACCAUGCAGGCCUUUGGGGGUGCAGUGCAGAAGGGUACAUAGGACACAUUAUAUUAUGUAAGAAUAGUUAGAUACUCCCAGUGUAUAUAGCCUCCCUGGGGGGGUUUUAGGUCGGACGUAUCUGAUUAAUACAAUGUUUCUGUCCUCCACUCUCCUUCCCCCCCUAAGCACAGGCCAUAGAAUCAUGGGGUACCAUAGUGGUCCCCCACUGUCUAUACGUCUCUCCAUAGGGAUGAACCACACGGGCUGCUCGGAGGGAAUUGUUGGCCCAGUCCAGCCGGCAGACCAUUUUAUCUUUCAUUCCAGUUGGGUGGGAAAUGCACUGCCACUAUGUCGCCAAUACACCACCAAAUUGAGCAGAAUUUUGCCCCUUUCACCUUAUAUAGGAGUUAAUUGACACAAUUCCCCCCCCCUCGUAUCCCUGCGAAGUUAACAUAUAGUAACGCUCUGUUGCCAAGGGGCAAGUGCUUUUAACGGCAGUUUUCCUUGAACUGAUACACGAGCCGUCUGUAUUUUUUUUAGCAUUAUUUUGAUGAACAAGGUUUACUGGAGUUUAUUGUUACGUUAUCAUUUGGGGGGGUUUCGGGGUACACAAGGAUUGAGGGGUGGGGAUAUUUAAGGAGAAGCUGCCACACAGUCUGCCUCGGUGAGGAUAAUCGAUUUGUAGUUAAUAUUUCACAUAUUCGGCUUUGAUCGUUGGCAAACAGGGUCGGGGAGGAGUGGGCGGGGUCGGGGAGAAGUGGGAGGGGCCAUUGAGAAGUGGGAGGGGCCGGGGCACGCCAACUGGGGGGGGGCAGCAAAGGUGAUUUUACUGCCCAAUGUUUUGUGCUGGACAUAUAACGAGACAGAGCGGGGGUUACAGCGGUGCCAUCACAUCAUGCAAGUGCCCUUAUUGUGAAAGAUUUAUUUUGUAUUUAAAUAAUAAUAAAAACACGUUGGUUUUUACCCUCA